AUGAAUGCUGCGGUUAGGAAUGGAAAAAUCCAUUUGGGCACUCUGUACUCGAUAGUGUUUCUUGGUGAGCUGGUGCAGUAUGUUAAGGCUGUCUGGUGUAGACUCUUGGCUCCAAAGCACAGUUUCAUUCUUUGGCUUGCUGUGAACCAUAAAUUGCUUACCAGAGACUGGUUGCAGUCCUGUCAUAUUCAUCUCUUUUCAAUUAGCUGCCCAGUUUGUGGUCAAGAGGAUGAGAAUCAUACUCAUUUAUUUUUUGAUUGUGUCUUCUCCAGAAAAAUUCUUCUUGCUGUCCAGGGUUGGCUGAGAGGUUUAUCUUGGUCGGUUCAGUUUAGGAAUUGGAUCCAGUGGCUGUCUUUGCCUCGGGCUGGCUGGCUUUCGAUGAUACUUCAUGCAACAUGUGCAGCGGCUGUGUAUCAUAUAUGGCUGAAUAGGAACCAUUGUUGGCUUGAUAAUUUCUGCUUACCAGUGUACAAGAUUGACCAUUUGAUUAGAUACUCUAUCAAAGCUAGAGUGUUGAAUUUAGUUGGCAGUAAAUGUACUUAUAGAGAAAAGCAGAUGCUUAAGUUUGUUAGGAAUCUGUAA